AUGUCUUCUCGAAAUGGAUCGAAUGGAGAGGGCUCCAGCUCGAGGACCUCUCGCCAUCUUCGACAUUCUCAUCAGCCUCAGCAACAGCAACAGCAACAGCAACAACACCAACAGCAGCACCAAAAUCAACAGCAGCACCAAAAUCAACAUCAGCAACAGCAACCUUCAAGAGAGCAUCGAAAGCAACUGCUCCCUCGACCCAUGCACAUGCCCAAGUUCAUCCCUAUGGCGAUUUCCAAAAUGCGGCCCUUUGCAGAGUACGUGUCAUACAACAAAGGGCUGGACAUUAUCAGAGUGCAGCUCUCUGCUGCCAACGACGCUGGUGUCGGGUACAGCCAGGCCGUCUAUGACGAGACGAUGCUUAUUCCGAAUUCCUUGCCUCCGUCUCAACUCCCAGUGUGCAUCGCUCAGGCCGAUUCGAAAAGCCAAGCUCGCACCUUCUAUCGAAAGGGCUUGACCGACCCAACUGUGCAUGGCAUGCCAUUGGGCGACAUGACUGGCAGCUCCGAACCUACCAAUGCGCAACUCUUCUUUCGAUGCCCUGACGUGGUUCGUGCAAGCGGCCACAAGACGAUGCGGCCCCACUUGGAGGUUUACAUCCACGAGGAGUAUUUCAGGCCAAGCACCUCAAAGACACUGCCAACUCAAUCGUCGGUAGAACUGCCUCCACGAAAACAAAAGCAUGGCACGUUUCCCACGUCCCACUCGGCGUCGUGCGCGGAAGACUUGCUCUCGUUGAGCCAUUCGCUUGGCAAUUUCAGUCAAACCACAGAAACAUCUUCGCCAACAAGCAACCGACACCCUUCCCUCUUGCCAAUGUUCUUCAAACGGCGGGGCCCUCACUCGCACAAUUCCGCUUCUCCGGCUGCAGGAGCAGCAUCGGUGCCCGCUGAAGGGCACGAUUCCGGCACGCACCACCGCGCUCAUUCAAGCCCGCGUGAUUCCCUCUCGAGAUUGUCGCUCGGCUCAUCCAAUGCCGACGGUAGCACGGUUGCCGCCGACCAACUAUCAUCGUCCGACGAUGAGCACGACGCCAAUGACGAUGAGCACGCCACCAGACACGACGUCGUGCACUCGAGUCCAGAGGGCUCAGAGACAUCGAGCACACUGGGCAACAACCAUCCCGACGACGAAAACUAUGUGAUGGAGCUCGAAGUCGGCGAAGACGGCACGCUUGUUCCGCUGUUUGUGCUGCAAAAGGAGGUCGUCCUUCCUGCGCGUUUAUUCAAACAGUAUGAAAAGGAAGGCGCCAUGCUCUCGACCAACAAGACGUACUUGCUUGGUGCCGAUGGUGUCGUCUAUGCCAAGCUCAGAUUGGUUCUGGCGAUACGCAAACCUGGCUCUGAUCCAACGGCGUACCCCACCGAAGCACUCCGUCAAGCAUUGCCCGUGCAAUCCUCUGCUGUUCAAGGUUUCAACCUCGACUCGCCAUUUGCCGACCGAAAGCCUUCGAUGACGCACACGACUGGAAGGCGCUACUCAACCGUGUCUACGAUUGCAGAGCUUGCCUCACACCAUCGACUUGCUCACCCCGAUGGCCAACGCCUUGUUGUUGUGGAUCGCGAUCAGUGGCGACGAUCUCUGAUACAGCAGCUUCGCUUGCGCGACACAACUCAGCACGACUUUUUUGUAACCAUUGUUGCAUCCCAGCAGCGCUUGCUCGAACGAGCCCUGCGGCAGCGCGUGCGUUCGCGCCUUGAAACCUAUUCUAAAAUGUACUAUCAUACCAAAGUGGCGCCGAGUACGUUCGAUUCGUUGGUAUGGAGCUCUGAUGAAGAGGACGAUCGGAAUGAGAAUCCGAAACCGUCCGCUGCAGCUGCUGCAACCCAACCAGUCCCCGCUUCAGCGGAAGCAAUGGAGCCCGCAGUUCCUGACAACGCCAGCAACGCACCUGCUCAGCCCCACCAUCACACAGCUGAUCCCUCUGCCAUCGAUAUGCGACGUGCCGUGAUGAAGUUUAUCAACAUGGCCCUGUUGACAACCAAGCAGCACGCUCCAAUGUUCACUCCCGCGCACGACGGCGAGCGCCUGGCUUACCGCGAGUUUUUGCCGCGUGGAGUCGACCUCGUUCAAACGCCCCCGCCGUACGUCAUGCUGUUGGUGGUAGGCGCCGGUGCGAGCAGCUUCCAUCGCCUGUAUGCCGGCGAAAUCUUGGCGCGAACCCACAAGUGUGUUGUGACCAUGUACGAUUGCCGCGGACAUGGUCGAUCUGGAGGCAUCCGCGGCGACGCACCUUCCGCCAUCUGCAUGCUCAAAGACUUGCGCACCAUGGUCCGUCUGAUCGGAUGGACCUAUCCGAAAUCGAACAUUGUCUUGUAUGGUCAGGGCAUGGGCGCAAAUUUGAUUCUAAACUACGGCGGCUGGAAACGGCGUGCUCCUGUUCAAGGCUACUGUUUAGUGACUCCAUAUCUUGCCGACUGUCUGAGGCCACGAUUCGUGACCAUUCCGACUGAAGAGGGGGGAUCUCAGGGCGCGGCACCAGACGGCGCUGUUUCCCCACACAGUGUUGCAAAUGCUGCCGGAACAACACCGCAGCACCAGCAACAGCAACAGCAACAGCAUCAACAACUGCAUCAUCAACAACAACAACAACAUCAACAACAACAACAACAACAACAACAACAACCGCAAGAGCAAGAAGACCAACUGCAGGAGGCAGACCACUCUGGCCUGCAGUUUUCGCAUCACGUGAAAGCAGGCUUGACUCCUGCACUACGGCGCACCUUCCAAAAUCGAAUCAAAUCAGUCUUGCCAACCUCAGCGUGGUUGGGGUUUGCCGUGGCAAUGGACAAGUUUUUCGGGGGCCGAACUGGCCAUGACGUGAUGCUGGACUUUCAGCAAUUCCACAGUCACCUGCGGACGUUAAUUCACUUGCCCGAGAUCGUGGAGGACCUGUAUGUCGAAGGUCAUGAUCUAGGCCCAGAGCCGGCGUUCCCCAAAUACCUGACUCGAAACGCCCUCUUGUACAUGGCCGUGCCCAGUGCGGCCAAAGCGUUCGCGAAACUCGAUCGUCCGAUUCUUGUCAUUCUCGGCGCCGAUGAUGAAAUCUUGGAUCCUGCACUGGUUUCCGCGGCCAUGUUCCGCAACGGCACGAACGGAAAGUCACUUGAGGUUGUUCCUCGCGAAGGUCACAUGUCCGUUUGGCUCAGUGCGGAUGAGCAUCUCAUGUCGUGGUGUCGGGAAACGUUUUCCACUCCAGAGCGGCUCAUGUUUGUCGAAGUUCGCGAUGUGGAUGGUGAUGGAAGCGAUGGAGAUGACGACGAAGCACAGUAA